GAAACGAAAUUGGAACUGAUCAAUGAUCAUAACAAAAAUAAAAUUUUUAUUCGAAGCACGUUCAAAGCUAUCAGCAUUAAAAUUGCUAAUUUAUGAAUAAAAAUAUAUAAAUUUUAGAUCAAUGUUAUCAUACAAGUAUUAUCCGCUUACUAAUGUAAUUCUUCAAUCAUUCUGCAUCUAAUUUCGUUCCAUUGUUUGCUCUGUGCAGUUGAUAAGUUUUUAUUCAUGUGUUUCUGAUCUGAUUGUACUCAAAAGUACGUAAAAUUUUCGCUAUGAAUUCCUUGGACAAUAGUACUGCGAUUGAUCCAUUUGCUCCAGAAAGUUCAAGCAGUGGAAAAUUACUACGAUAUGCUAGUCAAAACUCCUUAGAUGAAAGUUCUCAGAAACAAGUUUCGAAAAAUAAACCUAAAGAAAGGCCACCAUAUGAAAAUGAUCAUCAUUCGCGAAAAUCCUUACAAUUUCUCAACAAAAUGCGGAUUGACAAAGUCUUAUGUGAUGUGGUUCUGGUUGCCGAAGAUACUCAAAUCCAUGCUCAUCGUACUGUUCUAGCUGGAUGUAGUUCCUAUUUUUAUGCAAUGUUUACUAAAUUCGAAGAAAGAAAACAUGACCGUGUUGUUUUGAAAGAUUUGGAUGGACUAGCCUUAGAAUUAUUAAUCGAGUAUGUGUAUACUGGUAAAAUUUACGUUACCGAAGAUAAUGUUCAGUCGUUGUUACCUGCCGCAAACUUGCUUCAAUUGACUUACGUAAGGGAUGCUUGUUGCGAAUUUUUAGAAAGUCAGUUACAUCCUUCGAAUUGUCUCGGUAUACGAGCGUUUGCUGAUUUACAUGGUUGUUUAAACUUACUCGCACAAUCUGACGAAUAUGUCGAACAUCAUUUUUCGGAGGUUGUCGAAGGAGAAGAAUUUUUAUCAUUAUCAAUAAAGCAAGUUAUUCAAUUGAUUCAAAACGAUAAAUUGAUCGUUCGAACUGAAGAAGAAGUGUUCGAAUGUGUCAUAAAUUGGGUGAAACAUGACGAAGAAAAUCGAAAAGCGCACCUCCCUGUACUUAUGGAACAUGUUCGGCUACCUCUUACCAGUAGAGAAUAUUUACUACAGCGAGUUGACCAUGAGCCACUUUUACGCGCUGAUCUACAAUGUAAAGACUUUAUUAUUGAAGCUCUGAAAUAUCAUUUGAUGAAAUCCGAACAACAAACGUCAGUUAAAACUGUCCGUACAACUCCCAGAGAGGCUAAUAAACACAAAUCUCUUUUGGUGGUCGGAGGUCAAGCACCGAAAGCUAUCAGAAGUGUCGAAUGUUAUGACUUGAAAGAACAGAAAUGGUUUAUUGCUGCCGAUAUUCCAAACAGAAGAUGCAGAGCGGGCUUGGUUCUUCUUGGAAACAAAGUAUACGCUGUUGGCGGAUUCAAUGGUUCUCAGCGUGUGAAAAGUGUCGAUGUUUAUGAUAUUCAAACCAAUACGUGGAGUUCUGGUGUUGAUAUGGGAGCUAGAAGAUCAACUUUGGGAGUUGCUGUUUUGGGGAAUAAAAUUUACGCUGUUGGUGGAUUUGAUGGAGUAAAUGGCUUGGAAACGGCUGAAGUAUUUGAUCCAAAAACUCAGCUGUGGUCUCCAAUCGCAGCUAUGUCAACUAGAAGGAGUAGUGUUGGUGUCGGUGUUUUGAAUGAUCUGCUGUAUGCUGUUGGAGGAUACGAUGGUAUUUCUCGUCAGUGCCUAAGUACAGUGGAAUGUUUUUGCCCCGAAACGAGUGCUUGGCUUCCAGUAGCCGAAAUGUCAUGUAAACGAAGUGGAGCUGGUGUUGGUGUCAUGGAUGGUAUAUUAUAUGCUGUCGGAGGUCACGAUGGACCUACUGUUCGAAACACUGUUGAAGCAUUUGAUCCUACCGUUGGACAAUGGAAAACAAUCGCUGAUAUGUCUCUGUGUAGAAGAAAUGCUGGCGUUGUUUCGUAUAAUGGAUUUUUAUACGUUGUGGGUGGAGAUGACGGCACAACAAAUUUGUCUUCCGUAGAAGUAUAUUGCGCUAAUACGAACACGUGGAAAUUGUUACCGAAAUCCAUGAGUAUUGGUCGAAGCUAUGCCGGUGUAACGUUGAUAGAUAAACCACCUAAUUUAUUAUUAUGAGAGUACGACCCGAGACUAGAAACCUGGAGUACGCUUGCAAUUCUUAUGAUCGACACGAUCUUGAAAAAUCGUCGAUCUGCAGGUCGUUCUAGUCUCAUUUAAACAACAACAUGCCGGUAACAUCACGUAUCAAAAGUAUCUCCUUUUAUUUUCUUAAAUAUCAUGCAACGAGUGUUCCAAAUAAUUGAAUUUUGAUGUGGUAGCGUCAAUCGUGUGACUGAUGAAUCAAUGUGAUGUGUGGUGAGUAACGUUGGAACUCAACGUAUUAUUUAACCAUUAUUUUAGUUCAUUUAGAAUAUAUUGCUGUUAUGUUGUUGUUAUGUGUUGUGUAAAGGUACCUUACCUACCUUAUGCUGCAAAUUUAAUCAACUUGACGUUAUAGCAUAAAGCAAUUUAAAAUUGCUGUAAAAUCUAUGCUUAAGUUUUUCGAUGGCUGUUUCGUGUUGCGAAGUAAAAUCGUUAUACUAUAGUAUUUGAUCGGUUGAAUCUCCGAUUAGUCUGACUUUUAAUCGUGUUAAAUUUUUCCCCCAAUCCAGUGAAUCAUUCCAAAUAAUUUAUAGCUUCUUGUAUUUUUUAUCGCUAAUAAAAUUUUUUAUACAAUAA